CGUCGUCGUCGUUGUCGUCAGUCUUCGGUGCUGUCGAGCGGGAGUUGGUGCGGUCGACUCGUCUGGCAGGGUUUUGUGAACGAGGACCAGUGAGUGAGUGCAAACGCAAAAAAAAGAACCAUAUAUUGAAUCAUCAUCGUCAUCAUCAGUUCGAAGGGACGCUUCCGUGCUGGUGGGUAUUGUUGGCACGAAACACGAAGAAGAACAUAUAAUUCCAAAACCCAUUACGCGCUUGGUUUUGUGGGUGCUGUGUUUUGUGUGCUUUUUUCGGGAUUGCACUUUGUGUGAUAACAUGUCCAAACCCCCGGUGCGAGAGAGAGAGGAGAGGUGAGUCCGUGACGAUAGUUUGCUGGUGCCAACAUAAGAAGAAAAGUUUAAAUAGCCGCAAAUAUGCUCGGAAGUGUUGUUUUUGGGGUAGCGGGGGGAUAGAGGUGCAGCGGCGGCAGUGAGCGAAACGCAACAGAAAAGUGGUAUUGUGUGUGAUGUUCGGAAAAGUGCGCUGCGGUGUAAUAUACAGGCGGAGGAAGCAAGUGCAAUAGAUGUGUAUAUACACACAUUUUUCAAGUGUAUAUACGACUGGAACGCGUACAGUGAUUAUCGAAUUUAAGGUGAUUUUAAUUUGAAAAAGAAAAAAGAAUGCCCUUACGCGACGAAUGCGGCUUUGCGUGCGGGGCGUGAGGUGAUUACGCGAUUUCGUGGCUGCUGUUGAACAGGAGAAGACUAGCAGCAGCAGCAGCAGGUACUGUCUGCUCGCUGGCAAAGACAACAAAGAGGAAAAGUUUUGGAAUUUCUCCGCGUCGUUUUAAAAUACACAAAUUUGGCUCGUUCAGUGCUAGUGUUUGUGGAGAGCAGAUUCUUUUUCGAGGAUAUUUUUAAAACGUGGCAUAUCAACAUUACGGAAGCGAUAUUCUUUUUUUUUUUGGGGGGGGGGAUUCAAUUCCUGUAUUCAGCAAGUAGUGUUCUCAGCGUUGGAAGAGUAGGCGGUGUGGCGAACGGCGGAAAAAGAAAAAAAAAUAGUGACAUUGGCCACAUAUGUACACAAACACACAGCGGAGAGUAGGCAGACAAACACGGCUUUCAAACGCGGAUCUCGCGGAAGGUUAACAGGAUGCAACCACCCCCUUGAGGAGGAAAGCUUCUCGGUGGGGAACGACGAACGGGCGCGUCUUGCGUGUGUCCGUCCAGUGGGGUGGUUCCACUGAAGGGGCCGAAUGCCUGACUGACUAAUUAUCGUUGAGACUACGACGGAGAGAGAGAGAGGGACUUGAAUGAACAAUGAAUGUCCUUGGAAGGAGGAGGAGCAACCACAACAACAACAACGCUUGAGCGCUAGAAGGAAACUAGGAAAGAGGGCUAAGGCCACGCAACAAUUCGUUGGGCAGCGGUCGUCGCACGAACCCUUUUUGGGUGGAGAGUGUGGGGGGAAAGGUCAGCCACAGGAUAACCACUGAGCGCGCGCUAGAAAUAGCAGCAUUGGCCUACUAAACCCGGUGGACACGGGCCUUUCGUGCGGUGUGUGCACGAAAUCUAGACACCCACACGUCUCGUGUGGUGGCCACCGGAAUCGAAAAGCUGUUGAGUUGCUGCGAAAGCAGCUGACUUCUUGGCAGAGCAGAUGUUUGGUCAUCAGAAGAGCGAAAGGAUGGAUCUCAACAAUGAGAAUAUUCAGUCCGCUUCGGAAAUCAUAGAAAACCGACUCUACUUUGUGGCGUUCAAGAAGGACUUCAAACCACGCGGUACCUCGAACACGCAUUAUUUCACCAUCGACGAUGAACUGGUGUACGAGAACUUUUACAAUGACUUCGGUCCGCUGAACAUCUGCAUGCUAUAUCGGUACUGCCGACUGCUGAACGACAAGCUCCGCUCGUUGCUGCACGCGAAAAAGAAAAUCGUCCACUACACCUCGGUGGACGCCUCGAAGCGACUGAAUGCGGCCUAUCUGAUCGGAGCCUACGCGGUGAUCUAUCUGCGGCGGACCGCGGAUGAGGCUCUGAAGCCUCUGACCAGUGGCUGCAAUGUGCUGACCUAUACGAAGUUCUGCGACGCGUCCUACGUAUACUCCGGAUAUCGGAUAUCACUGCACGAUUGUAUUCACGCGGUGGCGAAAGCGUUGGAGGCAGGAUUUUUCAACUUCGACGAUUUCGACUCCCACCAGUACGAGUAUUACGAGCGGGUGGAAAACGGGGACUUCAACUGGAUCGUACCGGAUAAGUUUCUGGCGUUUUGUGGGCCACACAGCAAGUCCCGGCUGGACAAUGGCUAUCCCAUCCACGCUCCGGAAACGUACUUUGAGUAUUUCAGGAAGUACAACGUGACGACCAUCAUUCGGUUGAACGUGAAAAUCUACGACGCCGCGAGAUUCACCUGCGCUGGCUUCACGCAUCACGAUUUGUUUUUCGUGGACGGAAGCACUCCGAACGAUGCCAUACUGAAGAAGUUUCUGAACAUCUGCGAGCAGGCGGAUGGUGCCAUUGCGGUGCAUUGCAAGGCCGGUCUCGGUCGCACCGGAACUCUCAUCGGAGCAUAUCUUAUCAAGCACUACAACUUCAGCGCGCUGGAAGCGAUCGCGUGGUUGCGACUGUGUCGACCGGGAUCCGUCAUUGGUCACCAGCAGCAGUGGAUGCUUAGCAAGGAGGCCUCUCUGAUGAACGAAGGGAACUCAUAUCGCAAGCGACACGCCGUCAGUAAACCCAUCCGACACGAGUACGGCAUUUACAGCAUCCGACAGUACAUCGACUGGGGGCAAGAAUCGCCAAAUACGCCAUCCAUUAAAGCCAGCCUCUCGCCAUCGGGUUCCUCAACGGGAUCAUCCUCGUCGACCACGUCGUCCUCGGCGGCUUCGUCGACUACAACCACUCCGGUGGCGGUGAAACUGCCGGAGGCCAACAGUACCUGCAAUAACCGAGUGCAGAUGUUGCUGAAGGAGCGAGUCCGAGGGAUCUCCCACAAGGUGGACACAAUGCGGUUGAACGAUGAGGAGGAACACCACCACCAGCAGCAGCCACAGCAACAACAACAGAGCAAUCAGCUGAAUAACAACUGCGACGGGGGACGAACGGAAUCGUCGGGUCUGGUUGUGGACGUCGUCGAUGGGGUAACCAAUCUGGUGGACGCAAAGUGUGCAACCAUUCCGGUGACGAGGAGAACGAAAUCGGUGCGGACCAGCCGGCUUAUUACGCUGGAACAGUCCCAGCAAACACAGGGUGACAAGCUGAACCAGAUCAAGGCAAUGCGGCGGAGGCCCUCCCGGUCGGCGAAUAUUAUUACGCAGUGUCAUGACGAAACGAUCACUAACAACCGUUUUAAUCUGAAUCAUUUGCAUCACCACCACCACUACCAUCACCAUCACCACCACCACCAUACCCGUGCUAAAUCUCAACCAUUUCGCAAUACUACCGCUAUUAAUUCGAACAACAACAACAACAACAAUACCAUCAUCAAUACCACCACCAACAACAACAACAUCAACAACAGUGAUCGUGAUACUACUAGCGGCAACUGCUCGAGUGCUCGAAUCGCUGCCGCCAGUGUGCAAGCAAAUAAUCUCUUGAAUCAAAUCGCCUCAUCUACCAACACCACCACCACCACCACCGCCAAUCGUACGACGUCGUCAUCUUGUCCACCCAACGUCGACGACGAUGACGACCACGACAACGAACACCCGACAGCAGAGGCAGUACCGUCGGAAACGGGAGCGAAAGUGCCAUUGGAAUCAUCCGAAGAAGUUCCUGUAUUGCCUGUUACCACCACCAGCAGCAGUCGGACAGUGGCGGUGGCACCACCGGAGCGCCAUAAAAUCGAGAAAAGCGAUGAGAAUGAAAGUAAGCAGUUAACAGCAAUCAGCAGCAACAGCAGCAGCACUACUACAGCAACAACUUCUACUACUACAACUACUACCACCACCACCACUACGACAAACACAAACAAUUGCAGCAAUGGUACGACUAUUGGUGCAACUGCCACCAACGUAACACAACAUACCACGAUCACAGUAGCCGUAGGCGAAACGAGAGGAUGCGGCAAUGCGACGACGGGACUGCUGCUGCCGUGUCCGAUGAGGCAGGCCAACAACCGGCUGUUCAGUAAAAGGUCCGUGUCAGCCAACCAGCAGCAGCAGGUUCAGCAGCAGAAGAACAAACGAAACGUCCAAACGUCGAUGGACACCAUUCUGAGCACCACCCAGCAACAGCAGCAAACCAUCGGUGGCUGCUGCACCGGAGGACCUACUACGAUCACCACCAGCACAACCACCGGUUCGGCCGUGAUCAAACUAACCGUGAAGGACGAAGUGAAACCCCGAGCGUCCGUUCGGACGGUCCGGAACAACAGCCUGGACACUUACCACCAUCACUAUCAGUAUAUCAACAUACCCAACAUAAUCACAUACAAGCGGGGCCGAUCGAAGAUCCCCGCCUCGGCCCGGCUGCGAGCGACUCUGGCCGAUACCGCCGGUUCCGGAGGCGGUGGGGGGAGCGCUUCCAAAAAGGAUCCAUCGGAUGCCCAAUCGUCGGCGGCGGCGAUUCAGCUUAUUCUGAACAAACCAAUGACGCGGCGAACGCGGAAUUCGGGCGGUGGGACCGCCCCACCGCAGCUGAUUUCGGUAGAAGCCACCAAAAGCAGCGAUUCAGCAGCGGUGACAGCGGCCGCGAUGGCGGCAGCCGCAGCCGAUGAGCUAAAUGGUAAUGGAGGGGCGAUUACAACAUCAGCUCCGCUGAGCGGAGACGACCACCGAAACAACAACGGCGAUAUCAAUCUGGAACUGACGAGUCUUGCUAACGCGGAAAUCAUCGUCUGCACUAGCAGUAGCACCAUCACCACCACCAGCAACAGCAGCGUUAUCAAGCGCAACAAACGAUCCCGGAGUAGUACCAAAAUUGAGAAGGAGAAAAACGACGAGAAGGGGAGCAAAGUGUUGCGGAAAAAUGGUGGAACAGCUGCGGGUGGCAGCAGUGGCAUUCCGGUGGCCACCGGUACGAAGGCGAGCGACUCGAAGGGGGCCAGCAGUGAGAGUAUUACCUCGGCGGCCAGUACUCCGACGGCAACGCUGCACCGGAAUACAUUCAGCAGUAGUUCGUUGAACCGGAAGGUGGAUGCUAAGGUUGGACAAGUGUCGCAAGAAUGUUCCUUGGGCGGCAGCAGCUCACUGAAGGCGCGCCGGAAGUGAACAGUUGCACUCGAUGGCUCGUUGGGGAAUGUGCCGAGACGAUUUCUGUGAUGUGAUUUCAUAGUUGUUUUCAUUUUUUUAUUUAGAGAUUUAUUAUCUAUUUUUUUGGAUACAAAAGUUGAAAUUUAUCGCAGUGCGAUAUAAUUAAGCAUUAAAAUUUUACACAAUUAGAAAAUCGUUUUCGAAUAUUUUGAUCUAAAUUUAAUAGUUUAGCUUGAUCGGGAGGUGCGUUCGAAACCCAUUUUGCAUUUAUGCCAAAUUGAUAUAAUGUGUUUCAUUUAUUUGGGACCAGAUAACUUUCUCACUCUCUAUUUCCGUUUUUCAGGAUUUGGCUUUUGUUGGGUUGGUGGGAGAAAUGCUACUUAAUAAUAUGUGUGUUUUGUUUACUAAUACCAUUUUUCUUCGCUACAAUCCAGAGCUCGUAGAGGUGCUUAUGCCAGCAGCGAAAACACCCUAAUUUUGUGUUUGUUACAGAUUUACCUCGUUUUUCUUGAAAGCUAAUUGUUCGCUGCAUGUCGUAUUAGGAACACACUCUCACAAACAGAUUGCGCGCAUAUCAGCAGACAGAGCGAUUGGGGUGAUGUGCUAAAGCUUAACUGAAAGUAAGAUUUUUAAUACUGCGAAAAGUUAGCGUAGAAUUGUAUAAUUGUAGUAUAAGAAGGCAACCAAAACAAAAUGUCCAAUGCGCUCCGCUGCAUGAAAAACAAAUAACUGUUAAAUAAUAUUGUUAGUUUGCGCGUGCAAUGUUAAGGCGAAACAAAACAAACAUCUACAACAAGUACACAUAUUUAGCGCGCUUGAAAUUGAACAAAACACUGCUUAAAAAAAUUGGAAGUACAAAUCGGAACAAGAAGUGUUUGUGGAGAAUAAGGAUGCUUAAGGUGGGGCUGUUAGAUUCUAUUUUUUGUUGUUUUUCUUCUCUCAAUUAACCGGAUGUCAUCAAAAGCAGUGCCAUUGAGGAUUUUCCUAAGUCUGUCGCCUAACUAUUGGAGGAACUCUUUCAUCAAAGGAAGUUAUUUUGAAUUGCAUGGACACACGAGUUCGUUGGUUUCAACUUGCCGCUCUAAAUACUAUGAGGACGUCUGAUUUGGUAUCAGAAUAUUAACUACUACUAGUACUAGUACUUAGUGGCGUAGUGUGCGGGUGACAAACCUGGCAUUUGCUGGGGGCGCUGACCCUUUGGGGCGAACAAAUCCAAGAAUCAACAAUAGCAAUUGUUUCCCGUUGUAUAUUUCAUCUUAGUAAAAUCUGAGUAAAAACAUCCAUCAUGAGUAGUCGCCUCUGUCCGUACAUGGAACCAAUCAGCUAUCUUUGAUUUUCUUCUCAAAAUUGGAACACAACAUCACAUUACACCAAUAACAUUUUGAUUUUUCCGCUACGCAUGCCUGGGCACCUUUUCCAUACUAGGCGAUAUUUUACAGUUAUUGCUUGAACGACAAUUCAUUUUCAGUCAGCACUACCCUGACAGACGAUUUAAUUUUCUUAGUUUUGAUAGAAGGCAAUUAUUCUUCAUCUGACUGACAUCACUCAAUUCAACACUGUUACAGAUAGUGCUCUCAUAAAAAGCAUCAAAGAAUCAAUAAAUUCUGACGCGUCCAGCUCGUCAUUGUCAGUUUGUUCAGGAAAGUUUAUGACAAACUGGACUCGUCCUAAUUUUGUUUAAACUCAAGAUAGCGUUAUAAUGUAUUCGACAACGUUUUAGAUCUUAUCAAAAUAUGAACUUUUGUCGAAGACGUCAACUUUCUCUUUUAUAGUUUCUAGUAUAUGUGGCAUUUUUGUCUGGAGACUCCUGAAAAAAUAAUGUUUUACUCGUAACAUUUUUGUGUGUAAAUUCUCGCCUUUGACAUUUUUAUAAAUAGGAAAAAUUUUGUAGAACAUGUAAAUUUCGAUAAUUUACACAUAAAUAUGUUACGAGUUCCACAUUAAUAGGAAACAUGAAAGGUUGUUGCUAGAAAAACUUUUCAGAGGCGAAUGAACUGAAAAGGUAAAGGCUCUUUAAAACAAAGAAUGGAAUGGAAUAGAAAAACUCUUUCCCUGUAAAAGACCCCGUCUUCAGAUUUAUGGGUGACUUGUUGUAAGAACAUAUCUAUUUUUUCAGAAUUUUGAAAAAAAAACAUAUUUUUGAGAAAAAUAAAUUAUAAUUUUCAAAAUAUUUUAUCUUCAAUUAAUUUUUUCUUUGAAAAUUCAUUUGAAAACAUAAAUUGUUUCCUAUAUUUUAUUGUUUAACUGAUGUUCGGUAGAUCUCUUAAUUUUUUAGUUAAGAUUUUUCGAAAAAAAGUUGAAAAAAACUCAAAAUUUCAAGAAAAUUUUCACUCAAAAACUAUAAGACCGUCAAAAUUUUAGUUAAAGAUGACCAACAAGUUUUCAUUGAAAAAUAUGACAAAUUUCUAAAAAAAAUUGAAAUUUUUUUUAAAAUUAAACUGAAAAAAAAAUUGAAAUUGAAGUUCAUUUCUCUAAAAAACUUUUUUUUUUAUUUUCAAAAAAAAAAAAAUGAAUAACCCUUACAAUUUCCAACAAGUCACCCAUACAUCGGAAAAUGAGUACUUUUACAGGGAAAAAGUUUUUCUAACAACAACUUUUUCAUAACAUUUUUAGGUAUAAAUUAUCAUGAUUUACAUGUUCUGCAAACAUUUUUUCUAUUUAGAAACAUGUCAAACGCGAGAACUUACAUACUAAAAUGUUACGAACAUUAUUUAUACAAGAAUAAAAAACAAAGCAAUACAAAAAUUCCAUAUAUUCCACAAACUAGAAAAGAUAGAAAGUUUACGUCUUUGACAAAAAAAAACUGAAACUUUGUCGAAUACACUAUAUCCCUAUCAUAAGUUUAAACCAAAUUAGCAUUAGUUGUUUUUUUUCAAAGAAAACAUGAAUAAGUUGUUGUUGGAAAAACUUUUUUCCUGUAAAAGUACCCAUCUUUCGAGUAUGGGUGACUUCUUGGAAAUUGUAAAGGUUAAACAAUUUUUUGAGAAUUUAAAAAAAAAAGUUUUUUAAAGAAAUGAACUUCAAUUUGUAAUUUUUUUUUUCAGUUUAAUUUAAAGAAAAUUUCGCAUUUUUUUUAUAAAAAUGUAAACAAUUUCCUAUACUUCACCCUAUGAGCUAUGAGCAUGGAUCAAUUCUAGCAGGCUGCGUCAAAGUUUGGACGGAAGUAUUCUUCAGACGUUGAUACAGAGGUGGAAGUGUUCAAGACGCAUAUAAAGGACCUACGUGUUCCAUGACUUGAUCUCUUAGAACAUCAUUCAAAGAUAUUCUCUCGAACGAUAGUCUCUUUGAAGCUUCCAGUUACAAUCGCAUCGUGCGAACGCAUUUUCAGCAAGCUAAAAUUGAUCACACAUUAUCUGCGCUCUAAAAUGAACUGAGACAACUCAACGGUUGAAAAGGGACGAAUGACCUUUGGGUUAAAGUCCCUUUAAAAACAAGAACAGAUCAACGGUCGAACGAUUUUUUUCGAUCGGGAAAGAAUCGCUUAGAUGUAAUUGUGGAUCAGGUUGCUUCAGCUAAAGCACACAAGGCAAAAAUUGAAAAAAGUGGUAUUUUUGGGGGCACCAUUUUCAUAGUUUGCCGGGGGCGCUGUCUACCCUCACUACGCCGCUGCUAGUACUAAUCAAAUUGAUCAAUGCAACAUUUUGACGGCGAUUUGAAUAUCACGGGGGACAAUGCGGGAAUCUAGUCUUUCUUUAUUUAUUUUAUAAUAGGAGUAAGUUUCUUUGUUUUUUUUUCAAAAAUUAUUGCUUUAUUCUGCAGAAAUGGUUAAAAAUUUAAUAUCCCAAGUAUUGCCCAUCGCUAGUCACAACUUUUUCCCAUCUUUGUGGCAAUUCACGGAUCCCUUUGCAGAAAUAAUCGUCCGGUUUGUCGGCUAACCACGAAUCGAUCCAAUUUUUGCAUCGAUCGAAAAAGGUAGUAAUCGGAUGGAGCAAUGUAUGGAGAAUACGGUGGGUGGGAUAGGACCCCACAUUUCAGCGUUUCCAAUUAUGUUUUGACUGGAUUCGUGACAUGCGGCCGAUCAUUGUCGUGCUGCAAAAUAACUUUAUCGUGUCUUUGCUCGUAUUGUGGCCGUUUUUCCUUCAGUGCACGGCUAUCGGUAGAGGUCCCCCGUAAUGGUUUCAUUCGGUUUUAGCAGCUCAUAGUACACCACACCCAGCUGGUCCCACCAAAUAGACAACAUAGGGCCCUAUUCCAGAAAACGAGACGAGCAGACGAGCGCUCGUCUCGUUUGUUUUCAUAUUCCAGAAGCCGAGCUCGACUGAUAACAGACGAGUAGCUCGUCUGGCUCGACGACCGUUUGGCUGCACUCGUCAAUGAAUCAGUCGGAUCGUCUAGUUUGUUUGAUGUGUUUGUUCACCUUGUUGAUUAAAAACAUCGGUAUUCAUUUGCUCCGCCUUUAUCUUCAAAAAUGGUUACACGGCUAAACUAGUAUUGCAUAAGCAAUGUAUGUUUUCAACUGCAACCAUCAAAUUCAAUUCAGUAAUUGCAAGAUUUUAUAGAUUUUCAAAAUGGGCCUCUUCCAAACAACACAACCAAAUGUAAACAUUGAACUCAUAUCCAGGGAUGCUAGAUGACUGUUUUGAAUAUAUUAACACGAAAUGAAAAGGGUCUUCACAUAUUGAAUGAAAAUGAGUAAUUCAAAACAAUUACUUUAUUGGAAAUACAUAUAUACAGAUUUGUGCUCCCGUGGCCGAGUGGUUAGCGUCAUAACUAACAUGCCGGGUGUUCGGGUUCGAUUCCCGUUCUGGUCGGGGGAAUUUUUGUCAAAGAAAUUUCCUCCGACUUGCACUGUGAUCACGCGUAUUCUAGAGCUUGCCACUCAGAAUGCAUUCAAGGCGUGUUAUUUGGCAUAGAAAUCUCAACUAAGUACUAAUAAAAAUGACGCAAGUAAUACUACGUUGAGACGGCGAAGUUCCUCUAGGAACUUUAGUGCCAUUGAAGAAGAAGAAGAUAUAUACAGAUUUAAAACUUUCCUUGAUAAAACGUUGAUUAGGUGAACAAACAUUGCCCCCAAUAAAUCCAUAAUAACAAAACGUCUGAGUGAUGAAACCAUAUGCUCGACGAAAAAUAUCAAUGAAACCAAAAGAUAUAUGAAACUUAUUCCUUUUUGUUAUGUUUUUUUAAUAUUUUGGCACUGAGAAAAGAGUAUCGAUUGAUCAAUUUUAAAAUUGUUUGUUGUUUUUCUCAAAACAAAAACAUGUCUUCUCAUCUGACAUCACUGAUCAUACCGAGAAAAACGGACUGAAGUCUCUCCAGUCUACCAAAUAAAACAUUUCAAUGAAACUCGUGUACUGGAAUGGGAUAUUUUGUUCGUCUCGACAAUGACUGAAGCCGAGACGAGACGAGACGAAUUGCUCGUCUCGUUUUCUGGAAUAGGACUCAUAACCUUCUGGCCGUGAAUAUUCCGCGCGACCGUUGAUGUUGAUGCAUGUUCGGGGUAUCCAUACGUUGCCCGACGUUUAGGAUUGUGGUAAGGACCCACUUUUCAGCGCUAGUAACGAUUCGAUGCAAAAAUCCCUUUCUUUUAUGCCGUUGGAGCAAUUGUUCGCACGUGAAAAAACGGAGCUCGACGUCUCGUGGCUUCAAUUCAUACGGCACCCAAUGUCUUAUCUUUCGGAUCAUUACCAUUGCUUUUGAACGAUCGAAUAUGGUUUGUUGAUCUACUCUAAGUAUAUCUGCAAGUUCUUGUUGCGUUUGUGACGGAUCUUAAUCGAGUAAAGCCUUCAAUUCUUCAUCUUCAAACUUUUUUGACGGUGCGGGACGUUCUUCGUCUUCCAAGUCAAAAUUACCACUUUUAAACCGUGCAAACCACGUCUGACACGUUCGCUCAGUUGGAGCAUGGUCACCAUAAACUUCCACCAAAAUGCGCCAAAAUUCCGCAGCUUUUUUCUUCAUAUUGUAGUAAUGAAGUAACACACCCCUCAAAAACACUCGUUGGUACGAAAUUCAACAUAUUCGAAGCGACAAAAACUAUGUUGUUUACGCUUCAACUUUUUGACAUAUACUGAAAAAGACGCGCAAUGACAGUAGUUUUCCAACGAAUGUCUCAAAAUUUGAUUCACUGGAAUAAUAGUCAAUUUACGCCAUCUGUUGUAAAACCGAAGAAACUUACCGGUACACCUAAUAGAUUUACUUACUUAACGUUUGCAUAAAAAAAUGGAGUUUUUUCGGAUGGUGAUAAAAAAAACUAAGUUUGAUAAAUUUCCCAUGGAAGGUAAUUAUAUUAGCUUACUUGCAAAGAAAAUCUACGCUCUUGCGAGCGGCCUUCCGACAGUUUACCGGAGCAUUCAACAUGGCGUACAAAAACAUGCGUGUAGGGGUAUGUUUUUGAGUUCUUUCUUCGUUUCAUUUAUCAAUUCUUUCUCAGUUUUCGCGACAAAAUGGUUGGAGUAGUUCUUACGCUUCAGGUUUGCCCAGAAAUUCUCGAUGGGUCGCAGAUGGGGGACGUCGGGGGGUUCGCCAACUUGGAUACCACAUCGAUAUUCAGCCGCUGCAUCUCCUCUAACAAUUGCUUCGAGUAGUGGACCGACGCUAGAUCCGACCAGAACACCGCGUCUUCGCCCUUAUGGUAUUUCUUGAUGAACGACGCAACUUCCGGUAGGCACUUCGUACUGUACAUUCAAAAAAAAACUAACAAAAAUUAAAUGUGCGCUUGCAUAUCUGGCAACUCAGUCUGGAAGUCCGUGAGGUAAAACGUCAACAUCAUGCAUCCAUAUGAAAUGUCACGAUAUUGGAGAUCUAACGCAAAACGUAAACGAUCGGUGAGACAUCUGGAUUUUGUUUUUGAACUAAGAAAAUGAUGCUAAUGUAACCUAAAACCCAAAAAACAAAUCACGUAUAUUUUACUUCCGGGCUUUCCAAGGUAGUUCUCACAUGCAGGAAUCGUGCAUUUUUCUACUUGUGUUUGAUUGUGCUUUCGAAUUUCCUUCUUUAAUUCAACCAUUGUCAACAUUUUUAUAGUUUUCACUACUGAAAGAGCUAAAUAAAUAACAUGUUAUAUAUAAAAUUGCGCAGAAUUAAAUUUCUUACAAACUCAUCGCAAUCAAAUAUUCUUUUAUGAUUAUAAUAUUGUAAUUUGUGGAAAGAACUACAAACCUUCCAUAAGCUCACAUGGCACAAUUUAAAACCAUCAUCACUUUCACCGCAGCGCCGCCUAGGUGUAGAUUUGUACGUUAGAUCGCCAAUACCGAAAAUGACAUUUUCAUUUAUAAUAAUGUUGUAUUUGAAAAAUGUAUUCAUUUCUCCAUAAAAUCUUCCACCAUUUUUGCUUUAUUCACACAAGCUGUUUCUUUCUAUUUCAUAGCUGAGAAUUGUGAUGAUUAGUUAAUUUUUUUUUUGAAUUUAACUUCUCAUGGCCUCCUUCUUCUUCAAUGGCACUAACGUUCCUAGAGGAACUUCGCCGUCUCAACGUAGUAUUACUUGCGUCAUUUUUAUUAGUACUUAGUUUAGAUUUCUAUGCCAAAUAACACGCCUUGAAUGCAUUCUGAGUGGCAAGCUCUAGAAUACGCGUGAUCACAGUGCAAGUCGGAGGAAAUUUCUUUGACAAAAAUUCCCCCGACCAGAACGGGAAUCGAACCCGAACACCCGGCAUGUUAGUUAUGACGCUAACCACUCGGCCACGGGAGC